UGCUACCGCUCCAUCAUGGCGCUCUUGCUGUGGGGAAUUCGUGGACCCGCGACGGCCGCCCGAUUCCCCUCAUGGCUGCCGCUGGCCGUGCGCGGCUGUCCGCAGCGCCAGGCCUCCGGAGCGUCCCCGCCCGACGACCGCGUGGUGCGGAUCCCCCACGCUUGGAAGCUGAGGCUGGAGCGUCCGGCGUCCAAGCGGGAGCGAGGCGGGAGCCCCGAGACGGAGGGCAGAGCUUCCUUCGGGGAAAAGCUACUGCUGCGGACCCGGAGGCAGGAAUUGAGCCAGGCGGCCCGGCACACGGUGGGCCGCCUGGAUAGGCCGCGCUUGGUGUCGGACGGUUGGAAGCACCGCUUGUCCCAGGGGGAUUAUUUCCAGCUGGAGCGGACGCGGGAGGAGACUCCUCGGGAGCGGAGCGACGACGACGCCCCGUCCACCUUCCUCGAGCUGGGCGUGGAGCCUCGCGUGGCGGCCCCCUUGCAGGAGGUGCUGGGCAUCUCGCGGCCCUCGCCGGUGCAACAGCGCGUCAUCCCCGCCUUGCUGAAAGGGGGCCACGCUCUGUGCGGGGCUGAAACUGGCAGCGGCAAAACCUUGGCCUACCUGCUGCCUCUCUUCCAGCGGCUCUUGCAGGCUCCAAAGCUCCCUGAGGACGGCCUUUAUGCGACCUCUCCGCGCUCUUUGGUGGUGGUGCCCUCUCGAGAACUGGCGGGGCAGGUGUGCAGGGUUGCUGCCCUCUUGGCUGAUCCUUUGGACUUGCAGGUGAAGGAGAUCGGCGGAGGCCGGGGCACGGCUGUGGUUCGGCGCAGGAUCCGUGAGGGUUCCACUGACCUCCUGAUCGCCACGCCAGGUGCUCUGAGCAAAGCCCUGAAGAGGAAGAUGUUGUCUUUGGAGAAAUUGCUCUUCUUGGUUUUGGAUGAAGUGGAUACUCUGCUGGAUGCCUCGUUCAUCGAUCUGGUGAAAGAUAUAAUUCAACAUGCUUUUUUGAAGGAUGUCGUCCAGCAAGCUUUUCUGGACCCAACUUUUAAAGACAGGGAUGAGGUUUGGGAUCCCAAAGCCCAGCUGGUGGCUAUGGGCGCUACUCUUCCAAAGGGGCUAAGUCAGAUGUUGAGUGAAUCUGCCGAUCUCUCCAACUUCACCGUAUUGACUGGCUCGAGUUUGCACUGUCUUCAGCCUCACGUGAAGCAAAGAUUCGUACGUUUGAAAGGUUGUAACAAAGCAGCAGAGCUGCUACAACUCCUCAAAGAGCGAGGUUCGUCUUCUGGAGCUGUUAUUAUUUUCUGCAACAGAGCCCGCACUGUUAACUGGCUGAGUUACAUUUUAGAAGACCAUGACAUCAAACAUUUACGCCUGCAGGGAGAAAUAGCAGCAAAUGAACGAGCGGGCAUAUUUAAUGCCUUUCAGAGAGGCGAGGCUGACAUUUUGUUGUGUACUGAUAUAGCUUCCCGUGGAUUGGACACCAUUCAUGUAGAGCUCAUCAUUAACUACGACUUCCCUUUAACAUUGCCAGAUUACCUGCAUCGGGUGGGGCGAAUCGGUCGCAUCGGCAGUAAAUUCCUUGGGACUGCGGUCAGUUUUGUAACCCAUAGGUGGGAUGUAGAUCUUGUUCGGAAAAUAGAAACGGCAGCUCGCAAAAGAAGUCCACUCCCAGGACUAGAUAUAGUUGUUAAGGAGUCUUUGCGUAAAAAGAAGAAAUUCUGAAUUUGCCUGGAGGACCUAAUUUAAUGUUUGAAGCAGUUCCUAAUAUAUUUCAGACAUUUUGUGUAUUUGAUUUUGGACCACUCAAUUCCUUAAUAAAAGUGCGCUAAUAUAUGGGUGCUGACAUGGAACAGUCAGAAACUGCAGCUAUCCUAUAAAAACAUGGAGCAUGCUUUAUUCACCAGAUUUAUUCAACAUAUUAACGUAUGUUUUGUAUUGUCCAAACUGACUUUUAUAUAUUAUUCUACAAAUGGUAAAAUCCAGCAGUUCAGGUACAAAAUGGUCUGGUCCUCAGCCAUGCCAAACCCCUUCCAGGUUCUGCCAUUCCAGGUGCAAUUUGAUAGUUUCCUGGAAACCAGAAGCAGUUCAGUGCAUACUAGUUAUUCCAUUCUGAAUUCAGAAAAUUGUAUACAGCUAGUCCUCGACUUACAACAGUUUGUUUACUGAUCAUUACAAGUUACAACGGCACUAAAAAAAGUUGACAUGACCAUUUUCCACACUUAUGACCGUUGUGGCAAUCCCAUGGUUACGUGAUUGAAAUUCAGAUGCUUGGCAAUUGACUCAUAUUUAUGACGGUUGUAGAAUCCCGGGGUCAUGUGAUUGCUUUUUGAAACAUUCUGACAAGCAAAGUCAAUGGGGAAACCCCAUUCACUUAAUAACCAUCUUACUAACUUAACUCCAGUGAGUCAUUUAACUGGCAAGAAAGGUCAUAAAGCGGGGUAAAACUCAUUUAACAAAUGUCUCACUUAGCAACAGAAACUAUGGCCUCAAUUGUCAUAAGUCGGGGACUACUUGUAUAUCUUUAAUUUUGUUUGGACUAUUAUAGUCCAAUGGAUCAUAUACUCAUUGCUCAUAUGGGCAGGUUUCUGGUUUGAGGUUUCUACAGACCUUAUCACAUUAUAGGUUGGUGAUGCCAGUCAGUGGCUUAAUGCUUGUGGAACAGCAAAGCUGCUGCAGUAAAUGUAAUGGAGUUGUAUGUCCCACCAUUUUAUGGUAUUCGAGUUCUUCCAAAACCAAACCUCUUCCCAAAUUCCUACAAUCAUUGUUUGUGUCUUUAUCAUGCCUGCUAUAAACCACUCUAUUGACUCA